ACACUCUCUCUCUCUUCCCCUAAAACCCAAAACAGGGGAAAAAGAAAAAAACGAGCUCUUACAACGAACCUCUUUCCCUGUUCAAGGAACUGCAUUUAUGGGCUCAGCUGACUUUACCGUUGUGGCAUCUCUUUCAAUUCGUUGAAGCAAUCCACAGGUUGUAUUCAUAAUAUGGAUACUUGGAAGUGCAAAUCUCCUGCUUGUGCACCUUCUCUUAUUAUGGCACCUUUGAAUUUUUCAAAUAAGGUGCAUGAGAAGGCCCAAUCUGAAAAAGGAGCAACUGGUCAUGUUGCUGAGACUGAAGUUGAUAUAGACCAUAGAGAAGUUUACUUUUUAAUUAUGCAUUUCUUGUCCUCUGGUCCAUGCCAGAAUACUUUUGGGCAAUUCUGCAAUGAACUUUUGGAACAUCGUCUUCUACCUAGAAGACAUCAUGCUUGGUUUUCAAGAAGUGGUGCACACAGUGGGGAUGGCAGUGAUGAUGGCAUAUCUUUUCCACUGAGCUACAAUAAUCUGUUGGAAAGGUAUCCUCACAUUGAGAAGGAUCACUUAGUAAAGCUUCUGAAGCAACUUAUAACAAGUGCAGCCCCUCCUCCUUUGCAUGGGAAGAAUGGACGAAACACUCCAAAUGCAGCUGAUGUUCCUACAUUGCUGGGAUCUGGUUCCUUUUCGCUUCUGGAUUGUGAUAGGGAUAUGGAAAACAAGCAAGUUAAGCCUCUGCAAGCUUACUUGCGUUGGCCUCACAUGCAGGCUGACCAGGUUCGUGGGCUAAGUUUAAGGGAAAUCGGAGGAGGUUUCACCAAGCAUCAUCGUGCUCCAUCUAUUCGCUCUGCAUGUUAUGCGAUAGCUAAACCAUUGACUAUGGUGCAAAAGAUGCAAAACAAGAUGAAACUAAGGGGCCAUCGUAAUGCAGUUUAUUGUGCCAUAUUUGAUAGGUCAGGUAGAUAUGUUAUCACUGGUUCUGAUGAUCGUCUUGUCAAGAUUUGGUCAAUGGAAACAGCAUUUUCCUUGGCCAGCUGCCGUGGACAUGAAGGUGACAUUACUGACUUGGCUGUAAGUUCAAACAAUGCUUUGGUGGCAUCUGCUUCAAAUGACUUUGUCAUACGAGUUUGGCGUUUGCCAGAUGGAAUGCCAAUUUCAGUUUUGAGGGGUCAUACUGGAGCUGUUACUGCUAUUGUUUUUAGUCCCAGGCCAAGUGCUGUAUACCAGCUUUUAUCGUCGUCGGAUGAUGGAACUUGUCGAAUCUGGGAUGCUAGGUAUUCCCAGUGCAAGCCACGAAUAUACAUGCCAAAGCCUUCAGAUGUCUUAAACGGGAAGAGCAUUGUGCCACUGAGUAAUGGACCCUCCUCAAGUAAUGGUCCUCAGAGCCACCAAAUAAUUUGUUGUGCUUACAAUGCCAAUGGAACCGUGUUUGUUACUGGUAGCUCCGACACUUUUGCAAGGGUUUGGAGUGCUUUUAAAUCUAACCCAGAUGAUUCAGAUCAACCAAUACAUGAGAUGGAUGUGUUGUCUGGCCAUGAGAAUGAUGUCAAUUAUGUGCAAUUCAGUGGCUGUGCUGUGGCCUCAAAAUCUUCAAUGUCUGACUCUUGGAAGGAGGAGAAUAUUCCUAAGUUUAAAAAUUCCUGGUUUUGUCAUGACAACAUAGUUACCUGUUCUCGUGACGGCAGUGCAAUUAUUUGGGUUCCAAGAUCACGUAGAUCCCAUGGAAAAGUUGGACGUUGGACACGGGCAUAUCAUCUAAAAGUUCCACCUCCUCCACUUCCUCCUCAACCUCCCCGAGGAGGACCACGUCAGAGAUUUCUUCCAACCCCCCGUGGUGUUAACAUGAUUGUGUGGAGUCUGGAUAAUCGGUUCGUGCUUGCAGCUAUCAUGGAUUGCAGAAUAUGUGUUUGGAAUGCUGUUGAUGGUAGCUUGGUACAUUCUUUGACAGGUCAUAGCGAAUCUUCUUAUGUUUUGGAUGUUCAUCCUUUCAAUCCCCGGAUAGCUAUGAGUGCUGGGUAUGAUGGGCGAACUAUAGUAUGGGAUAUCUGGGAGGGCACACCUAUAUGGACAUAUGAUAUUGGACGUUUUAAAUUAGUUGAUGGGAAGUUUUCUCCGGAUGGGACAUCAAUUGUACUUUCGGAUGAUGUUGGCCAAAUAUAUUUGCUAAACACAGGUCAAGGCGAGUCCCAGAAAGAUGCCAAAUUGGAUCAGUUUUUCCUUGGGGACUAUCGUCCCCUUAUUCGGGAUUCUAUGGGAAAUGUUCUUGAUCAGGAGUCACAGCUUCCUCCACAUCGCAGGAACAUUCAAGAUCCUCUUUGUGAUUCAAGUAUGAUGCCAUAUCCAGAACCCUACCAGAGUAUGUAUCAGAAACGUAGACUCGGUGCAUUGGGCAUUGAGUGGCAGCCUUCAUCAAUAAAAUAUACUGUUGGUCUAGAUUUCGGUCCGGGCCUGGAUAUUCAGAUGGUCCCCUUGGCAGAUUUGGAAAGAAUGAUUGAGCCAACACCGGAGUUUAUAGAUGCCAUGUACUGGGAACCAGAAAAUGAAGUCAUAAGUGAUGAUACUGAUUCAGAGUACAAUGUUGCCGAAGAAAAUUCCAGUGAAGGUGACCAGGUAAGUAUAAAUGCCAGCUCUGCUGGUGAUACAGAGUGCAGCACAGAAGACAGUGAGGUUGAGCGCUGUCAUACAGAUAGCCUCCGCAGAUCGAGAAGAAAAAAACACAUUGCUGAAGUUGAGUUAAUGACUUCUUCAGGACGGCGAGUCAAGAAAAGGAAUUUGGCUGAGUGUGAUGGCACUAGAUCUGGGAGUAAUAGAAUGAAGAAAUCAAGAAGCAGUCGGAAAGUUUCAAAGAGGAAGUCUUCUAAAGCUAAGACUCUGAGACCCCAGCGAGCUGCCGCACGCAAUGCUCUAAAUAUGUUUUCUCGAAUCACUGGAACUUCUUCAGAUGGAGAAGAUGAAAAUGACUCAGAAGAUGAUUCAUCAGAUAGUCAGUCAGUGCUCCAAGAUGCAAACAUCCAAAGCAACGAGUCUUAUGCAAACUUGCAGAAUAUGCAACGACAAUGUGCUAAAGAGGAACAUUCUUUAGAGGAGUUUACUGGUGUAGCAAAGCCUUCAGCACUUUCUGAAUCUAAUUCAAUUGUUGGAAACAAGCGAAGAUUGGUCCUAAAGUUUUCACUUCGUGAUUCUAAGAAGCAUGUCUCUCCAGAAGACACAAGAUUCAAAUGUGACGAUCCGGCUGGUCCAGUUUAUCCAUCAUCUAGACCACAAGAAACCACUCAAGAAGACAGGACUAAUAAAAGCUCCAUGGAUCCAGUGUCAUCUUUCACUGAUAUAACUGACAUGGCGCUUUCCCAAAACUACGACAGAUAUGAUUGCAUGGAUAGAACGCAAAGCGGAACGGCUGAGGAUCUUUUAGAGCCAUCUGCAGGUGAUGAGGAGAAUAAGAAUAGGCGGGGAGAGAUCAAUGAACGCAUAUCCAAGUGUUCAAGAUCAGGAGAUGUCAUGCCAAGAGAUGCAUCCACUGAACGCCAUGCAAGUUUUGAUGUCCUAAAGGAAAACAAAAAUGAUGUGAAUGGGGAUGAGGAACAGUUUGGAACUGAUGCGUUACAAGAUCUGGAUGGUGUGAGAAAUAAAGAGCUUGCUCAUCCUGAUGAUGCUCUCAAAUCUUCAUCAUCAUUUGAGUCAUCACUCCUGGUUGACCACCAACCAAAAGCGGAUGCUCAUACAGCCCCAUCCUAUGGAAAUUUCAAUACGGAUUACAAAGAGUCGCCUACAUCUGAUAAAUGCAGAGACAAGUUACUAGAAAUAGAUGAAGUUGUUGACACAAACCACUCAAAUGGACUGAAAGAGAAUGCUCCCCUCAAGUCUACAAAGUUAAUAAUUAAGACGAAGAAAAGGAUUGUGAUGGACACUAAAAGUCCUAAACUUCAAGCCGUUACUGCUGUGGAAGACCUGUCAAGCGCUAGAGGUGGUGAUUUAAAGCACAUGGAGCCCACUCGAGCUCUGAAAGUACCAGAAGGGGAUGAAGAUACUGGCAGAUCAAGUUCUUUGAGGUUAAAGCAUUCAUAUUCUGACAGGAGGAUGUCUGAUGCAGCAUAUACAGGCAAAAAGUUCUAUAAGGCUAAAACUGAUUCAGAAGGUUGUGAUAGUGAUAUGGAAGAAAAUGAUUCAGCUGUUAAUGACCAUCAUGAUUUGGAAACUGAUGUCCCUGAAGCAUCUAGUGAUGCAAUACGUAGAACAAGAUCCAUCAAGAUUAAAGCAACUUCCCGGGAGCCAAAUUCUGUGAAUCGUAGCUUUAAGGUGCGAAAGGGCCAUGCUUUAGUGGGGAUAUCUAGAAAUGAAGAAAACUCCUCCAUGGAAUUGUCCGAUCAGCUUCUUCAAGGAUCAAGGUCUACAAGAAAUCGGCGUAGUGGGUAUAAUGAUUACGAACCAAGUUCUUCCAGUCGGAAAAAAAAAAUAUAUUCUGUGAGAAAAUUGUCUUGGCUGAUGUUGUCUGAGCAUGAGGAGGGCUAUCGUUAUAUCCCUCAGCUAGGUGAUGAAGUUGUAUAUUUGAGACAGGGCCAUGAAGAGUUUAUAGAAUCAACUCGCUUAUUGGAAGUAGGUCCUUGGAGAUCAAUCAAUAGAAAUUUAAGUGCCGUGGAAAUUUGCAAGGUUGAAGGGCUUGAUUAUGCCACACUACCAGGUUCUGGGGAUAGCUGCUGUAAAAUCAAACUUAGAUUUGUAGAUCCUUCUUCCAUUGGAUUUGGUAAAGCAUUCAAAUUGACUCUGCCUGAACUGAUUGAUUUCCCUGAUUUUGUUGUUGAGAAAACACGGUAUGAUGCUGCUAUUGGGAGAAAUUGGACCCAUAGGGAUAAAUGCCUAGUUUGGUGGAGAAAUCCAAAUGGGGAAGGAGGUAAAUGGUGGGAAGGUCGAAUUCGUUCUUUGAAGCCCAAAUCUCAAGAGUUUCCUGAGAGUCCUUGGGAAAGAUAUGCUGUUUGUUACACGGGUGAUCCUGAUAACCAUCUUCACUGUCCUUGGGAACUGCAUGAUCCUGACUUUUCAUGGGAGCGCCCCCACAUUGAUGAUGAGAGCAGAGAUAAGCUCCUGUCCUUUUUUGCUAAAUUGGAGCAGCCAGUGAAUGGAGAUAAGGACUAUUAUGGAAUUUCAAAACUGAACCAUGCUGCUCGGAAAUCAGAAUUCACUAACAGGUUUCCUGUUCCGUUCUACCCCGAACUGAUUUGCUCAAGGUUAAUGAAUGAAUACUAUCGGAGCUUGGAAUCCGUGAAGCACGACAUCAUGGUGAUGAUGUCAAAUGCCGAGUUGUACUUCUCACAUCCUGAGCUGGGUAAGAUGAAACGCCUGUUAGAUCGAUUUACAAAGAAAUUGUCGAGGCUGUAGAGAGUUCAGAAGCAAAAAAUUUUCUUUGAUUUUUAUGUUGUAACCCAUUAAUCCAGUUUUGGGAAAUCAAUUCUUAUGGUUUUAGAGGAAGGAGAUGCCUGAGGUGCUGCAGAAAAAAAGUAAGGUGUUUUUUUUGUCUCAAAUAUUAUUCCUGUACAUAUGAACAUUAUUUAUGAAGAGGAAAAUGGAGCAAGUUUGAGCA